CCCGAUCAGUCUCGAUCCUUCACGAUCUGCUUUACGGAAUCCUUCAAGAACUUUGACAUGUUGGAUCGCUCCAAUUAUCAACAUGUGAUCUUCACCUCCGGGCUCACUCUGACCCCUUUGGUCGAUCCGAUAUCCGUUUCACGUCUCCAGCUUGUUCGGUGCCAUAUAUAUGCGGGAUGCUUCGACCCUCAUGAGACGGUGAAAUCGUGGAGACUUUUCUUUUCAAGAAUAAUCAGAACUUCAUCUUGAUACCCAUUUCGAUUUUCAAGCAACAAAGAUGGGAUUCUUGUUGGGGCCGUGGGAGGUUGCAGUUGUCCUCCUCUUCGGGGCCACAGUUGUGUAUCCUAUCGCCUUCUACUUCUGGGAUCCAAAGAAAUUCCGUCGAUUCCCAGCACCUGGCAUUGCGGGAUUCAGCAACCUAUGGAUGAUGUACCAGCAGUACAACCACCGGAGGCCCAUUGCUACCCACGAGGCGCAUCAAAAGUUGGGCAAGAUUGUGCGUGUAGGACCCAACCAUAUCUCCUUCGUUGGACGACAAGAAACUCGAGAUAUCUAUGGCCACGGUACUCCGGCCCAGAAAGACCAGUUCUAUAUCUCCUUCACCGGAACCCAUGAGAGCAGUCUUGAUUCCACGAAUCGACAAGCACAUGGCGAGAAACGCAAGCGUCUGGCGGCUGCAUUCGCACAAAAGAGCAUUGCAGACAUGGAACACCUCGUGGUAGACGACGUCCAACGACUGCUUAACCGCUUCGACAAAGCCGCGGCCGAGGGCGAGCUCAUCAACGUUCGCUGGUACAUCAACCUCCUGUUGUUCGACUUGACUGGUAGCCUCGUCUUCAGUACAAACCUCGGGUGCGUGGAACGUGGUGAUGAUAUGAUGCAAGCCCAGAAGCUUGACGGCACGAAGUUCAUGAGCAAGCCCGCCCAAGCACUGCGCAACUCGCUCCGGAUUGGAUCGACCAUGGGCUGGUCUCCAAAGCUUUUCAAACUCAACAAACGUCUGACCUGGUGGCAUCCAGGCUGGACCGGCGGCGCCAACUUCACCUCUAUCGUGUUGAACCUCGUACGAACUCGUCUGGAGAAGGAGAAGGAAGGCGUUGAGCUUAAUGACUUCUUCAAAUCCCUGGUCUGGACCAAGGAUCGUGAGCCUAUCGGUCUCGAGCUGGGCGAAAUGGUGGCUGAAUGCGGUCUCCUCCUCAACGCGGGCUCGGAUACCACAACCAUUGUCCUGGUCGGCUGUAUCUAUCUCCUUACCAAGUGGCCACGCGCAGCUGCCAAGUUGCGCCAGGAACUGGACGAGGUCUUUGACGAUUCUGUGACCAUUCCUCCUUAUGAUAGCGUGAAGAACCUUCCUUACCUACGUGCUUGUGUUGACGAGGCUAUGCGAAUGCAUCCCCCGCUCAGAGGUGGCUUGCCUCGAGUAACACCACCAGAGGGGAUGAUGAUUGGAAACGAGUGGAUUCCAGGUGGCACCACGGUUUCAGUGCCUACUUACACGCUACACCACGAUCCGGAUUUGUAUGAGGAUCCAUGGACAUACAAACCGGAGAGAUGGCUGGCGGACAACGCGGCCGAUCUGCAAUCUGUCUUUUUGCCAUUCUCGGCCGGUGCAAGAGCUUGCGUUGGUCGAAAUGUUUCCUACUUGGAAUUGUUAGUAAUUGUAUCUACACUUAUGCACCGUUAUGAAUUUGAGUUUGAGAACCCUGAUUUUGAGCUUGAGACAAAAGAUACUGUCAACGCUCAUCCUGGGCCUAUGAUGAUGAAGAUUACGAACAGACAAUUGUCUACUAGAUAAGACGGAGGAGAUAAGAGGGGGAAAAGCAGCCGAAGGACAGAAUCCUUCUCUAUUCUAUGUAUUAGCUGUGUCUAGCUAC